AUGGCGGCUUCUCAAAAAAGUCAUUUCCGGCAGCUGCAAAAAUUCAAACCGGACUACUCCGUCAAUGAAUUCACACAAUAUGAAUCUGAAAGAACGGGAAUGAGAGUCGUGACAAUCGACCACAAAGGACCUAAGGUAGCUGGGUAUUUCGUUCUCGCAACCGAGAUUCAUGACGACUCAGGUUCUCCGCAUACACUAGAACAUUUGUGUUUUAUGGGCUCUCGAAACUACCGCUAUAAGGGAUUCCUCGACAAACUAGCUACAAGAUUCUACUCUAAUACUAAUGCGUGGACUGCUACGGACCACACUGCGUACACGCUUGACACAGCGGGGUGGGCUGGAUUCUCCGAUAUUCUCCCAGUCUACCUUGAACAUGUCAUUGCUCCCACACUAACGGAUGCUGGGUGUUACACAGAAGUACACCAUAUUGAUGGAACAGGAAAUGAUGCAGGUGUCGUCUAUUCGGAAAUGCAGGCCAUUCAAAAUAACCAAGGCGAGUUGAUCGACCUUCAAGCGCGGCGCUUAAUCUAUCCCGAAGGUGUUGGCUUUCGAUAUGAAACUGGUGGCAUGAUGGAACAACUACGGUCACUUACAGCUGAUAGGAUACGUGAAUUUCAUCGCGAGAUGUAUCAGCCCAAAAACCUUUGUCUAAUCAUCACAGGAGAGGUUGAUCAUGACGAUUUAUUGAAGAAACUAGAUGCCUUCGAAGAUACAAUUUUGGAUAUUAUUCCUCGACCGGAUGCUCCAUUUAAGCGUCCUUGGGUUGAAUCCGAAAGAACUCCACCGAUUAAAGAGUCAAUCGUCAAGGAAGUAGAGUUUCCAGAGGAAGAUGAAUCGUCUGGAGAGAUAGAAAUCAGAUUCCUGGGACCAGAUUGCACGGACUCAGUCCAAGGUGGUGCCCUGAACGUGGUGCUCUUAUACCUCGCUGGUUCUUCGGCUACGAUUCUUGAAAACACGCUCGUCGAGAAGGAACAGGUUGCAAGUGCUGUCUAUUUCUCUACGGAAGAUCGGCCUGAUAUUGAGAUCAAGUUCACUCUGACCAGCGUGGCAACAGAGAAACUCCAACAAGUUGAAAAGAGAUUCUUCGAGAUCUUGCAUGAAGCCAUGGAGCGACCUUUAGAUAUGAACUACAUGUCUGAAUGUAUCCAACGCCAGAAACGUAGCUGGAAGUUCUCAACAGAAGGCUCCGCAAUAUCUUUUGCCGAAUAUGUCAUCUCCGACUUCCUGUACGGUAAAAGAGAUGGAUCGACAUUGCUAGACAUUGCAAGUUUGAAGGAAUACGAGGCGUUGGAAAAAUGGACCGAAGAUCAGUGGAAGGAAUUUAUCAGAAAAUGGAUAGCUGACGCUAAUCAUGUAUCCAUAUUGGGUAUUCCGUCAGCAAAACUUGCCAAAAAGCUAAAAGCUGAUGAGAAAGCAAGACUGGCAGCACGACGAGAACAACUUGGUGAAAAAGGACUCGAGGAACUGCAAAAAAAAUUAGAGUCUGCAAUGGCAGAAAAUGAUAAACCAAUUCCGACGGAGCUGUUGAAGAGUUUCAAAGUGCCAGCAACUGACUCAAUUCAUUUUGUUACGACAACAACAGCAAAGUCUGGGUCUGCGCUACGAUCUGGUCGACCAGAUAAUGAACUGCAAUCACUCAUCGAUGCUGAUAAAUUGGAUUCUCCUCUUUUCAUCCAUUUUGAACAUAUCGAAAGCAAUUUUGUUCAGCUUUCUCUUCUUAUUUCAGCAGAGACGGUGCCGGUUCAGCUUCGUCCCUUGCUGGCGGUAUAUACUGACGCGUAUUUCAAUAGCCCUAUCCAGCGAAAUGGAGAGAUGAUCUCUUUCGAGCAGGUCAUUAUUGAGCUUGAAAGAGACACGGUUGGAUAUUCCAUGGAAGGGGCCCGAGAUCUGGGCAAUGGGGAGAUGCUUCGAGUUAUUUUCCAGGUUGAAGUGGAAAAGUAUGCCACUGCAAUUGCAUGGCUCAAGGAGCUCACAUGGAACUCCAUAUUCGAUGUAGAAAGACUAAAAGCUAUCACAACGCGACUACUUGCGGAUAUUCCAGAUGCAAAGCGAAGUGGUGAUGAUAUGCUGGCUGCUGUAUUUUUCAUGACUCAUUUUGCACCGGAAUCUAUCGUUCGAGCACGCAGCACGCUGGUGAAAGCUCGUUACUUGAAACGGAUAAAGAAACUGUUGGCAACUCAACCUCAGAUUGUCAUUUCACAGAUGGAGGAGCUUCGCAAUUGCAUGUUCCAAUUCGCCAAUUUCAGGGUCCUUGUCAUUGCUAAUUUAAAGAAACUGCAUGCACCGGUUUCCUCAUGGAAACACUUCGUUGAGGGACUUGAUACCAAGGAGGAUCUUCGACCGAUCACUAACAGACGAGCUCUGCUUAGCGGCGCCGGAAAGAAUUUGGGAAACCUAUCCUAUGUGGUUCCCAUGUCAACGAUCGAUUCCUCAUUUGCUUACGCUACUGCUAAAGGACUUGACUCGCACGAUCAUCCAGGGCUACCGGCAUUACUAGUUGCCAUUGCAUAUAUGAACUCCGUUGAAGGUCCACUAUGGGUAGCUGUUCGCGGCACCGGACUUGCUUACGGCACUAACUUUGGUUAUAACAUCGAUCUUGGCACGGUAAACUUUGAUGUCUAUCGAUCUCCUAAUGCCUACAAAGCGUUUGACUCUAGCAAGAAGAUCGUUGAAGAAUACGUCAACGGUCUUGUCGAGUUUGAUCCCCUCAUGCUGGAGGGCGCAAUCAGCAGUAUUGUGGUCAGUUUUGCAAAUGAGCAGGCGACUAUGGUCAGCGCUGCUUCAGGAAGUUUCAUUCGCCAAGUAGUUCGCCUUCUACCGAGCGAUUACAAGGAAAAGAUCCUCAAGAAAGUCAGAGAAAUUCCCGUGGAUGAAGUCAGACUCGCCCUUAAAGAACACAUUUUGCCCCUUUUCAAGCCAGAAACUUCGAGUCUCAUCGUGACAUGUGCACCAGUACUGGAAGAGACAAUCAAGAAUGGUUUCGAAUCCGCUGGUUUCAAGCCCACUGUGAAACCCCUGAAAGACUUUGAGGAUGACUAUGGCCUGACUGUUGAUGGCGAUGACGAAGAUGAUGAUGAUGACGAUGACGAAGAAGAAGAUGAUGAAGACUCGGACGAAGAGGACGACGACGAUGAUGAAGAGGGCAAAUAA